AUGGUAGGAGGGGGGAAGCCGAGAGGAGGACGGGGGGAGGGAGGCAGGCAGGCAAGGCAAGGCAGACAGAAACUCGGGGCGCUCCUCUAGACAACGGGGAGCGCUGCUCUUGGUUGCCGAAGAGAAGCGUCUCCAGUUCGAAGCAUCCCCCUCCGUCUCUCGUUCGCGGUUUAAUGUGUCAGAGCGGCGUUUGAUUGCCGUCGCCACCUGGACAUUAUUUAUAACCGACGCAAAAAUUGGAUGGGACGCACCGCCGAGCCGAGCAGAGACACUCCCGGAAAUAACAUGCGUACUCUCAGCCCGUCACGUAGGCUCACUGAGGAUUUGCGUUGCUGUGCGGCUGCCGUAGAUGUCCCACGCUGUCUAAAUAUGUUUAAAAGGAGCACAGAAACAAACACAGAGCUCUAGAGUGACUGGUGAAAUCAGAGCAGACGAAGGAUUGGGGACAUGAUACUUGCAGCGAUCCUCUCCGUAAGAGGAAGCAGCGGCUCAGUUAGAAAAUGAAGCAAGGACGUGAGGUACGUGUGCACCCAGCAGACGACCAGAUCAAAUGGAGAGUUUGGGGCUGACGGAGCUCUUGAAGUCAAACUCUACCCUUGGAUCCAUCGUCUUUUCAGAGUUGCAGGACAGAAGAAGCCAGCAGACAGAGAUCCACAGCUCAUACCGGGCAGACAUGGGUCUAAACGGUUUCUGCGCAGGGCCCGCCGGGACUCAGACGGCUGCCGAGCUGCUCGCUGACAUGGCCUCGCAGACAAACUCCCCAGGGAUCACCAGCCCAACGAAGCAGUCCAAAAGUGGCGUGCCGCUUUACAACGGUGGGGUUGGGUCUCCGUCGGCCACCGUGGAGGCCAGCCAGGCGGAGGUUUUGGCCCACACGCCGCCCGGCUACCCGGCACAGGUGAACGGGAUGGCCGCUAAGACGAGUGGCACUGUCUGUCCGUUCAACGGCAGAGGCCUUACGGUGGAGAAUGCGGACAGGACUGGUCACGAGAAAUGUUCUUUAGGAAUGAGGCGAAUCAGCGAGGACCUCAAAGUAAGGCAGGCGCAUCAGUUGAAGAGGAAGAAUGGGGAGAGCUGGGACAUGGGAUCAGAAAUCCUUAAUGGUCAUGUGAUGGGCUCUCCGGGGUUAGGAGGCUCAGCAGACCCAGCUUGUGGAGCAGGGGAGUUAGAUUUUAAGCGGAGGAAAUUGCCAGAUGGAAGUAUUGUUAGCAAGCCAUCAGAGCCCCGUAGAGUGACCCGACCGGUCGCCCCAGUAAGAGUCACUGUCAACAGCAACAGCGCCGGCUCUUAUACCCAGCCAAGCUAUGCCCCUGAUAAUGCUAACCUGCACAACGGACAUUGCGCUGCACCGUCAGACCCUCUGGCUAUACCAAGCCUGCCCUCCAUUCCAGCCAUGCUGCCUCCUGCGGGGACUGGAUGGUCAUCAGAGCGUGUCGCCAGGCAAUAUAUCAUCCCCUGCAUGAAGUACUAUGGUAUUUGUGUGAAGGACAACUUCCUUGGCAGGCAGCUGGGCGACAAGGUCCUGGAGGAGGUGGAGGUCCUGAACCAGAGCGGGAAGUUCCGGGGCGGACAGCUGGUGAGCCAGAAGAGCAUUCCCUCCCGCAGCAUCCGGGGUGACCAGAUUGCCUGGGUGGAGGGGCAGGAGCCCGGGUGCCACAGCAUUGGAACCCUGAUGGCUCACAUCGACGAGGCUGUCAUGUACAGUGCUGCCAACGGGCAGCUGGGGAACUGUGUCAUCAAUGGACGCACUAAG